AAAAAGUAAAAGAAGAAGAACCGAAGAAGACAAGACAAGAGAAGCCCCGACAUCCAUUUCAGUGUCCUCUACCAGCAGCAGCAGUAGCAGCAGCAGCAGAGCACCAGCACUUAUAUACGCGUCUCGCUCCUCCUUCUUGGGGUGCGGAACCAAGAUCCAAGAUCCAAGAUCCGAGAUCGCGUUGUCAGUGCGUGGCUAUCUGGGUGGGUAAGUCACACGCCGUGGCACCGGCCCUGGCAUUGGUGCUGGCAAUGAGACCUGGCAUGCGUGCGUGCGUGCGCGCGCACGUAUGUACGUGUGCAUACUACGUUUGCCACGCUUGCUUUGCCUUUGCCGUUGCCGUUGCCUACUUGCCAGGCGUGGCCUUGUCUUGCCGCUGCGUGCCGUGCCGCGCUUGCUGCUGCUGGUGCUGGACAGUGGGCAGCUGGCAGCGGGAAGCGGGCUCUGCCAUGCUGUGGUGUGGUGUGCCUUGCUGGCUGAGGCGCGGGUGGUACGGCACGGCAACGUGGGCGGUGGCACACACACACAAUGGCACGCAAUGGCGCAAACGUGGCCACGCAGGCUGCGGGUAGAUGCGGGCGCGGGAGCUUGCGUUGCGGGAUCUGGGUCUUUGUCUUUGUCUGGGGUGGGGUGGGGUCUUUGUCCGCUGCGCGCGCGUGCGCGUGUGCUUUGUUCUUUUACUACCUACGCACCGCACCGCCUGUCCUGCCCUGCCCUGCCCUGUUCUGGUCAGUUCUGUUCUAGUCCGUUCUAUCACGCCCACCAUGCCGUUGUCGCGGUUAGGGCAGGGCCCAGCGCGCCCACGUACGUACGUACGCACAAUCAAUCAAGCAAGGCAGGCAAGGCAGGCAAGCAAGCAAAGCAAGGCAAACAAACGCCGGAAGCGCGCGUCUCGCUGUUGGCACGUUUUGCGCAUGCGUGCAGAUUGGCGGGUGCGUGCGUGCGGCUGAUGGGCGGGCGGGUGUGCGCGUCUGUCUGUCUUCUUUAGGUGGUUGUCUGUCAGCCCUACGUGUGGGGGCCCUACCUAGCUAGCGCAAGCGGGGUGUUGGGUCGGAGUUCUUUGUUGCGGCGGGGUUCUUUGUUAAGCAGGAUAUCUUCGUCCAGUGGGUGUCGUGCUGUGAUUGUUGGCAACCAGGCCUGCGUGCGUGUGCUUGUUUGACUUUGUGGCAAAUUGACAAGGUGGUUGUUUGCUUGUGGAAAGGGG